AUGCUUAAACUUAUAUUUAUUAUCUCAGUAUCAAAUGUAUUGAAACAGGCGACUGCCGUAUCCCUAAUCGACAAGAAUACUGGGGAAGAGUUGCCGAUUGAGACGAAUCGCUAUUAUUCGGUGCAAAACCAAAAGACAUCAAAGUUUCUCAUUUGGUUCGGACGGAACGGUACUAUAGCCGAGGGUUGGCAUCAAAGUCAACGGACAGCCAAAUACUACCACAUAUUCAGUCAAAUAGCCGACCAGUCGGAGCACUGGUAUAAAAUGAGUCACCAUUUCGGAAGCCAUGUGGUGAAAGUGACGAAAGCACCGGUACAUGGAUAUUAUCUCAUUUAUGAUAGGGAUUGUGGCAAUGGUGAUAAUCCCAUAGGUGACCUGGAUGACCAUGUCAAGUCCGUGAGUCUGGUCGACAAAAACACGGGCGAAGAGUUGCCCAUAAAAUCCAAUACCUAUUACUCGAUACAGAACCACAAGACCCAGAAGUACUUGAUAUGGUUUGGCAAGAAUGGCACAGUUAGCGACGCACCCGAUAGUAAGCAAGGUCGCUUUUGGCACACAUUCACCCUCAUUGCCAAUCAGACGGAGCACUGGUAUAAAAUGAACCACUAUUUCGGUAGUCAUAUCGUAAAACUAUCCAAAGCUCAUGAGGACGGCUACUAUCAGAUCUAUAAUAAAAAUUGCUAUAACGGCGAUAAUCCAAAUAGUGACUCGGAUGAGUUUGGCAAUAUAAGUUGCCUGGAGCCUAAAACCGAGGGCGAUCACCAGGAGUUUCAUUGGAAGUUCAGUGAAAAACCUUAUACUACCCUACAAAAGGUUGGCAUCAUUGAUAUCAACACUAAUAAAAAGCUUCCGAUUAAGACAUAUACGGAUUAUUCGCUACAAAACCAAAAGACCAGCCGUUAUCUGAUAUGGGGUCCAAACGCCGGUGCUGUCAAUGGUCCACCCGAUCCCAAGAAUGACACAUGGUGGCAUAACUUCACCUUUCUCACCACACCCACACCUUCCUACUAUCGUAUGAUUCAUGGUGUCGGUGCCGUACACGUCGUACACGUAUCUACUGCCCCGGUUAGCGGGUACUACAGGUUUUAUAAUAAGGACUGUCCCGAAUCUAACGGCUCCUCGCACCCAAACAGUGAUUAUAAUUCAGAUGGUUAUAUCUGGUGCGAUAUGCCUACACCGGGUCAGGACGACACCAAUUAUAACUGGAAGUUUACGGCCCGACCUAAGCAUUGAAUUCACGGAUUUAAAGUGUUUAUAUGUUAUAUCUGUUAUACGAUAACAAAAUGAUCCUUUCAA